AUGCUGAAACGACCCGCGCUGGCGCGGGCCGUCCGAGAGCUAGACCUAACAGACUGGCAUGCAAGAAGCGUAUCGGACGACGAACGCAACGAAAUCCAGACUUCUGCAUCUUUGAGGCCAUGGCUGAAUGAGGUAUCGCACUCAACUCAUGAAAGUGAUCAAUGGGUCCAACGCCUCGAACAAGGCGUUUCUGACGCCUGGAUUGCGCUCAUUCUCCCAUUGUUAAGUCAGCUCCAAAAGCUUUCACUGGCCUAUAUGACAAACUCUCCAUAUUUGGACCGGAUUAUGCAAAGGGCCGUCGAUUGCAAACAGCCAUUUUCUGUUGAACCGGCUUUCCGGCACCUACGCGAGGUCUCAUUGCAUUACCGAGAAGAUCUCGAUCGCGGCGAGCACCUGGGCGAUGUGGGAGCUGAGACUCAACUACCAUCAACCCUCCUCCUGCCAUUUUUUCAACUGCCGUCUCUUCGUGCAAUCACAGCCAACUCUAUAGUGGACCCAACCUCGAUCAAUCUGCCUUCUGAGGAACGAACGGAUUCUGAGAGACCACGCCUUGGCUUCUCCUCGAUCACCGACAUUGAUUUGCGUGCAAGUAGUGGGAACCAUGGCAUGGAGAUAUUAGUUAGUUCAUGCGCCGAUCUGAAGUCAUUUAAGUACCAGCACUCGGACUCGCACGUCCUUUCGCAUGGGUACCAACCGUCCGCCUUCUAUCGCUCUCUGGCGCACAGCAAAAAAAGCCUGCAAAGAUUGUGGCUGGACCACUAUGGCAGCCACUAUCCAUUCACCGCUGCCGGGUUGAACCAAUCCCAUGACGAGUGGUUCGGUUCCCUUGUUGAUUUCACUGCCUUGCGGGAAGUUCGAGUGAGACUGCCAAAUCUUUUGGACAUUCGAUACCACAACGAACCAACCACACCUCUCAUGGACUGUCUCCCGUCGUCGAUUGAGACUCUUUACAUUGAAGGAUGUGAAGAGCGAUAUCUGGGAAUGUUGGUUUCCCAGGUACAGACCGUAAUCAAAAAUUGCCGGGCUCGUUUCCCUAAACUCAAGCGUAUCGAUAUCGAGGGUGCAUUCCAAAUUGUCCCGUCUGAUGACGAUGGUCAGCUUGUUAGCUCCGGACCGGAUGGGUCUGAAGAUACGAUCAAAGCCAAAGUAUAUCAAGCUGCCGAGCCUUUGCAUAUAGACUGUGUCAAUGCUGGGCUGGAGUUGUAUCUUCACGACCGUGCUCUGUCGCAUUUUUGA